AUGCCUGCCAUCUCCAUCUCGUUGCACGGCCAUUGUGAUGACUCCAUCCUGUGGGAUCCACCUGCCAACUUCCGUCAGUGGCUGUCUCAUCGACUCUCCUUGAUCUGCCACAUCUGCAACAACCAGUUUCGCUUCCAACUUUCCUCCUGCCCACCGCUGACAUUACACCGCUGCACAACUGCUCCUACACCGUCGCUGUAUGCCCGUGGCUGUUUCCUGCAUGCCUCUAUGGUUCCUCAGUUUCCGUCAAUACCCGCACCUGCUCGACAUCGUCGCUCGAAGGACACUCAACUUGCUCAUCGCUCCUUCAACAUCACCUGGACUAUUAAAGAUACUUAUGGGCAGAUUCUAAACUCCACUUCUAACUACACUCGAUUGGACUCUUAUUUUCCUUCCCUCCACUUCGACCUGGCUGAAAUGAUCCUGGGACAAAUGGUAUACAGGGAAGAGACUGGAUCUCUUACUCCAAAUCUUCAAUGGGUCCAGGAUACUCCCUUUUAUGUAUGCCCUGGACAUGACUCCAUUCCUGCUCACAUCUAUAUGUGCGGAGGGGUGGCGGACUGUUUUUGCAAGGGUUGGUCUUGUGUCUCUACUGGACAAAUGUCAUGGUCACCCCCCUACAAAAAUGACUUGAUCAUAAUCCGCCGUACUACCGGCCAUUAUCCAUCAUGCCACAAGUAUGCUGCCCGACCAUGGAAUCGGUGCAACCCCGUCACAAUCACCUUUACAAAUGCAGGGAAAAGUAGUAAAAAAUGGGACACUGGGGUUAAAUGGGGGGGUCGUAUGCAUGCUUCAUGGCCCGGUUAUCAUUAUGGCAAUGUUUUUUAUAUCCAGCGUUAUGUUUCUCUCCUGCCCUCCCCUCCCUUAGGACCAAAUGCUGAUCAGAUUCAGUCUUCUUUUCUUCAGCCACUAACCAAUCAACAGCACCCUUUGCUAGGAUUGCUCUCCUCCUCCUACCAAGCUUUGAAUUCUACUAACUCUACCCCUUCUUCCCAAUGUUGGCUGUGUGUCUCCUCUAUCCCUCCAUUUUAUGAAGCGAUUGGCUCAAUUGAGCCCAUUGUCAACGUUACUAAUGAUUCCUCAUGCCGAUGGAGAUGGAGAAAUAGCUCUCUCACUAUUACGUCAGUCAUUGGUCAGGGAUGUUGUCUUGGUAACAUUCCUCAAAACUAUUCUCAAUAUUGUGCCAAUGCUACUACUGGUAAAUAUCUCUGUGAUUUAUAUCUCCCACAAUCCAGAAAUCCGAUCGCUGCAGGCUACACUCAGGUCUUUUCCACGGUGAGUGGUGCUAACAUCACUCUGCGCCUUAAAGGUCAAUAUUUUAUUCCUGGUAACAAUUCCCUUUGGGCCUGUUCUACCGGUCUCACGGCCUGUGUUCAUGGAGAUGAGCUAGUUAAAAGUAAUUCAUUUUGCAUUCAAGUACAAUUGCUUCCAAAAAUAGAUGUGUAUACCUCUGAUGAUUUCAUUUCUAUCUUAGAGCCUCAUCAAUAUCAUUUAAAAGCGAAAAGAGAGAUUGUCACUGCUCUAACAUUAUCAGUCCUCUUGGGUCUUGGUGCUAUGGGUGCCUCUACCGGCAUUGCAGCACUAGCAGUUAACCAGAAUCAACUUCAUCAACUCAGUGCCACCAUUGAUGAAGACCUCAGGCGCAUAGAAACCUCAAUUGUAGCCUUGCAGAACUCUCUCACAUCCUUAUCCGAGGUAGUAAUACAAAAUAGACGAGGCUUAGAUCUCCUAUAUUUAAAACAAGGGGGAUUAUGUGCAGCACUUAAAGAAGAAUGUUGUUUUUAUGCGGAUAGCUCUGGAAUUGUUCUAGACUCUAUGAAAGAGCUUGAUAAAAGGUUAAAAGAAAGAGAGCUUGAAAGGUCCUCGCAAUAUGCUUGGUACCAGGGACUAUUCUCAUGGUCUCCUUGGCUUACUACGCUUCUCUCUGCCCUAAUUGGACCUAUAAUAUUACUCAUAUUACUUUGUACCAUUGGACCCUGUGUAGGCACUCGCCUACUAAAAUUUGUCAAAAAACGCUUAGCUGCUAUAGAUACUGAUAUCAAUAUGCUUGUAAACAUGCGCUCUGGUGAUAAGGACGAACAACUGUCACUAUUGGCUUAUCAGUCCAAAACUGAGGACGCGUCUGAUACACCCCCGGACCAGAGCUAUGGUAAGAAACCUCCUUCCCCUGAGAAAGCAUCCUUCCCUCUGGCAUGUUUGGAGCUCCAUGAUAAGGUUCCGCCACUGUUCAGUGACAGUGAGCAGGAUAGCUCCUAA